UUUUGGAAAGUGCCACGUUUGGGGCCGCGGGCUGGGGAGAGCCGGCUCGGGGCUGCCUCGGGUGCGCCGGCACCUGGGCGCUAAACGUUGGCUGCCAGCCAGGAAACCAGAGCUGUCCCGGAGCCCGCUUUUUGUCAGGGCUCCUAGCCUGUGUGGGCGUUGGCAAAGACCCGGGUUGAGAGGAGCCGGGGGCAGCAGCCGGGGCGGAGGCGGUGGGACCGAGCUUGCUUGCCUGACACCCCGUCGCGAUGUUGGCGGAAAACCUGGUGGAGGAGUUUGAGAUGAAGGAGGACGAGCCAUGGUACGACCAGCAGGACCUACAACAAGAUCUGCAACUUGCUGCUGAGCUUGGGAAGACAUUGUUGGAUCGGAACACAGAGCUCGAGGAGUCUCUUCAGCACAUGUACACAACCAAUCAGGAGCAAUUACAGGAAAUUGAGUAUCUGACCAAACAAGUGGAGCUCCUACGACAGAUGAAUGAACAACAUGCAAAGGUUUAUGAGCAGCUGGAUGUUACCGCACGGGAACUAGAAGAGACAAACCAGAAGCUAGUUUCGGACAGCAAGGCAUCCCAGCAAAAAAUACAGAGUCUGACCGAAACAAUAGAAUGCCUACAGAGCCAUGUUGAUUACCUCCAGAACCAGAUGGAGGAGCUGAAGACGGCUAAUGGCAGGAGGGGGAGCCAGGAGAGGUGUGAGCAGCGAAAGUCGGUGCACAGUUUCUCGUGUCUGAAGGAACUGUAUGAUCUACGCAAGCAUUUCGUGUACGAUCACAUAUUUGCCGAGAAGAUAACCUCCAUGCAUAACCAGCAAACCCCUGAUGAAGAAGAAAAUGAGAACUUGAAAAAGACGGUCACAAUGUUGCAGGCCCAGCUGAACCUGGAGCGGAAGAAGAGAAUGACUAUGGAGGAAGAGUACGGGAUGGUGCUGAAGGAGAACUGUGAUCUGGAACAGCAGCUAGGCGCCUCUGAUGCCUACCGAGCUCGGGCACUGGAGCUGGAGGCAGAGGUGGCUGAAAUGCGGCAGAUGCUACAGACGGAGCACUCGUUUAUGAAUGGUGUUGAAAAGUUGGUACCGGAUUCAUUGUUUCUGUCUGCUAAAGAACCCAGCCAGACCCUGCUUGAGGAAAUAUUACUGGCUGGGCCAGAGUUCAGCAGAAAACCUCUCAAACGCAGCAGCAGUGACAUAGUCCUGAGUAGUCUGGCUGGGAGUGACAUCGUUAAAGGCCACGAAGAGACUUGCAUCAGGAAGACUGAGGCCAUGAAGCAGAGAGGGAUUUCCCUGUUGCAUGAAGUAGAUACCCAGUACAGAGCUCUGAAGGUCAAAUAUGAAGAACUGCUAAAGAAAUGCCAGCAGGAAGAGGACUCCCUGAAACAUAAAGCAGUGCAGACUUGCAGGGGUACCCCCCCAUCCCCGAAUAUGAAGAGCACAGAAGUUGAGCCGGUCCCCAGCAGCCAGGAACUGGCCAGCAUCAUUCCAGGCCCCAGUAGUCCAACCACCCCUCCUCCAGAAUAUAAAGCUCUCUUCAAGGAGAUCUUUAGUUGCAUCAAGAAAACUAAGCAAGAAAUAGAUGAGCAAAGAACAAAGUAUCAGUCUCGCUCACCACGUUCUUAGCUAAUUUGUUUGUAGUAUUCUAACUUUUGCUUUUAUACCUUUUCUGUCAUCUUAACACUUUAAACCAGAGUUUAUAAUUGAUCCAGGUUAUGCCGCAGCCACUGUAAAUGUUGCAAAUGAAGAUUCCCUCUUUGUUGAUCCCACAAAUGUAUGGAGCAAGGAGAGGAAGCAAAAUAGCUAUUAGGAUCAGUAGCUGUGACAAAACCAGCUGGCUCUGUGCAGAAUGGGCUGAUGCAUGGACUUGAAUGGAGUUUAUAUCCCAAGGAAGCUAUGUAGGGUAUAUGUAGAAGAAUUAUGUGUACUUAUAGUGGGAGGGUGGGGCCUGGAAACACUGGUAUUCAAAAUAGGCAAGUCAUUCUCACCCACAUGGUUAAAGUAGCCUAGUGUGAACAUUUAAAAAUCAGGUAAAAGUCAAUGUUUGAGGCAGCUAUCCUGAAAUGUGUACAGAGUACGUGAUUUUUGAAAACCAUAAAUUAGUUACAGAAAAUAUACCACAGAAUAGGCCAUUUGGCAAAUAUGAUUUGUAAUAGGGCAAACUAUUUUCUAAUUACAUCUUAUACGAGUUGGUUUUAAAUGUUAAAGGCAAGCUACUCAUCACUACUCAAAAGAACCAAAGGAGGGCAAGUUAUUCACAAAGCAUAUUUUGUGUACAAUGAACAUGGAGAAAUAGUUAUCCUCAGACUUGUUCUUAUAACAUACCUGUUUUCAAGAGCAUGUUUUCAGAAUGCAUUUAGAAAGGAAAAAUGGGAGGAGAGGGAAAGGGGAGAAGCAUGGGGAUUGUUCAUAAGUUCAUUAGGACCAAAGUUUUCUUUGCAAAAGCCACCUGUUUAUUAUGUAUAUUCCGUUUAUUAUGUAUAUUCUGUCUUAAUAGAAAGCAGUUUGUUGGCUGGCUGGCCAAAUAAACUCUUGCUCAAUUCCUAGAAUUUUUAUUUCUCACUAAUUGCAGAAGUUGUAAAAACUUAUUUCCUAUCUAUUUCCUUAUUAAACAGUAUUUGUUUCUA